GCGGGUAGCGGGCGGAGGGAACUCCCUCCCGUGACGUCGGGGCGGGACGGGGGCGGAAGUGACGCGCGGCGGAGGUCCCCGCCCCCUCCCGCAGGAGCCAGGAGAGGAAGCGGCCGCAGGGAGGACCCCGGCCCGAGAGGCGCUGCCCCUCCCACCAUGGCGGCCCCUGCCAACGCUCAGACCGCCAGCAAGACCUGGGAGCUCAGCCUGUACGAGCUGCACCGGACCCCGCAGGAGGCCAUCAUGGACGGGACGGAGAUCGCCGUCUCCCCCCGCAGCCUGCACAGUGAGCUGAUGUGCCCCAUCUGCCUGGACAUGCUGAAGCACACCAUGACCACCAAGGAGUGCCUCCACCGCUUCUGCUCCGACUGCAUCGUCACGGCGCUGCGCAGUGGGAACAAGGAGUGCCCGACCUGCCGGAAGAAGCUGGUCUCCAAGCGGUCGCUGAGGCCGGACCCCAACUUUGACGCCCUCAUUUCCAAGAUCUACCCCAGCCGGGACGAGUACGAGGCCCACCAAGACCGAGUCCUGGCCAAGCUGAACCGCCUCCACAACCAGCAGGCCCUGCGGAGCAGCAUGGAAGAGGGCCUCAAGAUGCAGGCCAUGACCAGAGGACAGCGCGUCCGCAAGCACCCUCAGGAGUCGGACAACACCACCUUCAGCGGUGGGGAGGACAACUGCGACACGCGCUCGCACCUCAGCAACGCCUCUGCCCCCAGCCAGCCUGAGGCCGGGCCCAGCCGCAAGCGCUCUCGUGCCUCCGAUGAGUCAGGCCCGGAGCCGGAGACCUCUCACGAGGGGGGCAGAGGCAGCCCGGAGCCAGGGGGGGGCGAGGCCAGCAACAGUGAGAUCGAGCUUGUCUUCCGGCCCCACCCUGUCCUGGUGGAGAAGGGCACCUACUCCCAGACCAGGUAUGUCAAGACCACAGCAAACGCCACGGUGGACCACCUCUCGAAGUACCUGGCCUUGCGCAUCGCCCUGGAGGAGGUGCCGGGCCCGGGCCCAGAAGCCCCUGGCCUUGAGGAUGUGAGCGAGAAGCAGUACACCAUCUACAUCACCACGGCUGGGGGGGGAUUCACGACACUGAACGGAUCCGUGACGCUGGAGUUGGUGAACGAGAAGUACUGGAAGCUCAGCCGGCCCCUGGAGCUCUACUACGCCCCGACCAAGGAGCCGAAGGGACCCUGAACCCCAGACCCUCCCCCGGCCAGAGCACAAGCUAGCGGGGGGGGGGGGGGGGGGGGCUGCGCUUUGCCUGCAAGGGGGGGGGGUCUCUGAGACAAGAAGAGGACUUUUCAGAAAGAGACGCUUUUGGAGGGGGGAGGGCUAGACUGAGCUGCUUCUCGCCCCCCCCCCCCGCAAAGACCCUCGCCCUCCAGAGUAAACGAGCCCCCAUCAAAGUUCGUGCUUUCCCCUCCCGCUAAUGACUGACAGCUCCUGGCCAUGCCGGGGGGGGGGGGGAGUUCUGCUUCUGCCCCCACUUUUUUUGCAGCUGUUUUGUGGAAUUUUGUUGGUUACAGAAGUUUUGGCCUCUUUCUAA